CGAUACAUAAUCGAUAUAAGGAUUGGAUCUUGUAUUGUAUAUAAGCAAGCCCACCCCCGAACAAAAACAUUUAAGAAAAUGCGACGCCGCGAACUGCAGACCAUCCAACUGAAGCUCUCCGAUCUUAAGGAGUACGAGCAGGCCAAGAUGGAGCGUUUGAGAAACCGCCAGCAGUUGUUAACUCCCCGGACGCCCACGCCCCCGUCCGACACUGAAGUGCUACCGGUAACCUCCAGCAGCGUACUUCAGGCCAGCGGUAACAAACAAGAUGAUGACACCGUGAAGUCAGAGCCCACAACUAAACCUAGCACCUCCUCCACCUAGGACCACCAAGGACAGCAUGGGGAUAAUUAACACUUUGAUCACUACCUCAAUGGAUGAAGCACCUAAUUUAUACAAAGCUCACAUAUUUUACAAUUUACAUCGUUUAGUUAAUUUAAGCGUUUCGCG